CUGAGUAAGCAAAAUGAAACACGUAUCCCAUUUCAGUGGCUUACAUUCUAAAGCUCCAAAUGGUCCUUAUCUUUCCAAUUGUAUAUCAUCAUCACUGCUUUCGGCUGUCUACAGCAAUAAUAACUGCAAGUUGGAAAAUCUGUUUUAAACCCACUUACUUCAGUUGUGAGGAAAUUAUAGGAACCAAAAAUGAAUGUGAUUUCCGACUUUAGUAGCGACGGUGAGAUAACUCUUACCGGAAUGAAUCCAUCUAAAUAUUACGAUCGAAUGAAAGAGCUAAAAGCAUUCGAUGAUACAAAAGCAGGUGUGAAAGGCCUGGUCGAUGCCGGAGUUAAAAACAUCCCUCGAAUUUUCCACCGACAAUCCAUGAGUAUCAAUCAUGACAAAUCGAAUGAUGAUUCUUUUGAAUCCCAUAUCCGAAUUCCGACUAUAGACCUCGGAGGAAAGAAGAUAUACGAGGCUGAGCACCGGAAACUGAUAAUUGAUCAAAUUAGAGAUGCAUCAGAAAAGUGGGGUUUCUUUCAAGUAGUGAACCAUGGGGUGCCAGUAAGUGUUAUGGACAAAAUGAUUGAUCAGGUUCGUGUAUUUCAUGAGCAACCAAGUGAAGUCAGGGCUGUGUAUUAUGAACGUGAUUAUACUAAAAAACAAUCAGCAUAUGUUAGUAAUUUUGAUCUUUUUCAAGCACCUACUGCAAAUUGGAGAGACACCUAUUUUUGCCGUAUAGCUCCUGAUCUUGUCGACCCAGAAGCAAUACCUAUUGUUCUCAGGGAUAUAGUGAUGGAAUACUCAAAGUACGCAAGUGUACUGGGAUCAGAAUUGUUGGAGUUGCUAUCUGAGGGUCUUGGUUUGAACCGAAGUUAUCUAAAUAAAGAUUUGGGUGGUGAUAAGGGACAAAACUUUGCUAGUCAUUACUAUCCAGAGUGCCCUCAACCAGAACUUACUAUGGGCACAACUGAACAUUCUGAUCCAGAUUUCCUCACCAUAUUGUUACAAGACCAUCAUACCGUUAGUGGACUUCAAGUACUUCACCAAAAUCAAUGGGUGGAAGUCCCUCCUUCUCGCGGCACUUUCACAGUAAACAUUGGAGAUCUGUUGCAGAUUGCAUCAAAUGACCGUUUUAAAAGUGUGGAGCAUAGGGUACUAGCUAAUCACAAAGUUCCACGAGCAUCAGUUGCAUAUUUCUUCCGUCCUAUCGGAAGUUCCAAGUGCGGUCCAAUCAAUGAAUUGUUAACAGAAACCAAUUCACCCAUAUACAGAGAAUUCACGGUUGAUGAAUAUGUCAAACACUUCAUCUCUAAAGGGCUUGGAUCCCCAAGUUUCUCACAUUUCAAGCUGUGAUAAAUGUAUCCAAAUUCAUAGAAGUGGCCGUACAUGUUCAAUAAGCCACAUAGACGUGUACAGGCAGACGGUUAUCUAUAUUGUAAAACACAGUGGCCUAGGUUUUAGGCCAUUGUAUGAUAGACUAGGGCAUGAAACAUGCUGCAAGGGCAUGGGUGUUUUUACUUGUUGAUAAUGCAUUGACCAACUGUUAUCCAAAUAGCUGUAAGAAAGAAUUCGAUUUCUAGA